UACAUUAGUUACUCGGUUCUUGUCACUAUUCUCACCAAAAGCAUCAUGGUGCUACAAAAGCGCCUGACUCGCGGUCUCUCUUUCGCUGUAAUUCUUUUUCUUGCCAGCACUGCGAACAAAGCCGCUGCCUUUCAAGCGUCACUAGUUUCAAGCAGAACCGUAUCUCGGUCGUUCGAUACAGCCAUCGGGCCAGUUGCAAAGGACAUUGAACCUAGUCCACUUUCAUACUCCGAAAAGUCUAGAUUGUACCGACGAGACUUUUAUGAUCAUGAUUCCUGGCUCAAGCACCGUGCCAAAAAUCGUUUUGUCGGAACGCUUUCCAAAGUGUUAGACUCGGGUGUUGUUCGACAACUUGCGGACGAAGUGAUAUUGAUUGGAGCUGUCGCUACCUUUGUUUGUGUGUUUAAUGCAUUGUGUGUAACUGGUUAUGAAGAUUUCAGCAAUCUACAUCACGACCCUAUAUUUAAUUUUGGCGCUCCGUUGGUGAAGUUACCGGGAGAGCCAUUCAGUCUGUCGAGUCCGGCUUUGUCGCUGUUGCUUGUUUUUAAAACCAACACAUCUUACCAGCGAUGGGAUGAAGCCCGCAAAGCAUGGGGUGUGAUUGUCAAUAACUCGCGUACGGUCAUCCGCGAAACGUCGGCGUGGGUGCUACAAAGCGAUCUUUCCGACGAAGAGAAGUACCGCUUGAUUCGAAGGGUGGCUGACUGUGUCUGGCUGUUUCCGCGUUCGCUGCAACGCCAUUUGCUGAAUCCUGCCGAAGAUGAAGAAGCGUACGUCAAAGACGUUCGCGCGAAGCUUGAUCCUGUGCUUGCAGAGGACUUGGUGAGUGCACGACAUCGUCCGACACGAGCAAUGUACGAAAUGUCCAAAGCUGUAAAUACCUUGCCGCUAGAUUCCUACCAGCGGUCAACCAUUGACCAAGGGGUUUCACAGCUGUGCGACGCUUGCGGAGGUUGCGAGCGUAUUUUCGGUUCACCCGUGCCGAGUAUUUACACCCGUCACGCCGCCCGGUUUAUAGAACUCUGGAUGUUUUUCUUGCCAUUAGCUUUGUAUUCGCCCUUUUCGAUAUCGUGGAAUCACUGGUUUAUGAUUCCUUCAUCCAUGAUUAUUGGAUUCUUUCUGUUGGGCAUUGAAGAAUUGGCCAUUCAGCUGGAAGAACCCUUUUCUGUGUUGCCGCUGGGUAAGAUAGCUAGUGGAAUCGGACUCUCAGCAGAGGAGCAUGUGCAAUGGGCUGAAGAACAGAUGGCAAUUGAUAGAACAAGCGGACCGUCCAGUUACGGGUAUCCGGCUCCGAUUCCAGAAUCGACAGUUGUUUCUAGAGGUCCUACCUACUCAACCCCUACUUGCCAACUACAGCAAACCCCUGUGCCCCUUGCCAAUGGCGGCUUUUCCUACUUGAAUAAUCCUUCACAGCAAUCUAUAAGCACAUCGGAGCUGGACAAUGACGAAUCAUCAUAUCAAGAACCUCCGACGGAGCAACGGCAGCCUCCUGUCGUAGCCACCGGUGAUUAUUCCUAUUUGAAUCCUCCAGCCCUGUCUGAAGAUGGGCAGCCUCAAAAUGGCGGACUGACAUACCAGUUUGGACCUCCUCGGCGGCUGCCUUGAAGUUCCUACCAAAAUUGAAGGUUCUAUGAAGCUGGCAAGCUAUAGAAGUGUUCUAGCAAAACAGAUUCAAUUCCCUUGUAGUCUAAAUGGAUGUGGGGUACGAUUGUUACUCAAUUACACGGCCUUGCUUCUCGUCGACUUGUUUGUGGAACAGUUCGUGAGCUUCCUUCCAUGCUCGUUGAAACCCCCUCUCUUGAUCAGCUUCCCGCCAAGUCAGCGAAAUUUCGGGGCAUGACUUGAGUGGUUGUUUCCACCACAUAGUUACUUCUUGCAUGGGAACAGCCUUGCGUAGAUUCACAACAAUGUACGGAAUGGAAUGCCAUCGUUGUAUGCACCAAUCAAUCUGAUCUUCCUCUUCAUCUAAAUGUACAGCGUGCGGCAAUUCAUCUCGAAGCCAAAUCGACUCGUUUAAAUGAAUUUCAAGCGUUUGUAGACAGCUGCCUACAGCACAAUUUCGAUCUUUGAAAUCGAGAACAUUCUUGACCCGACAGUUCCAUCCUUGAACGCACGCUCCGUCCUGCAGGACUAACCGUAGCGUAACUGUGUGCCGGUCUUGACUCCACAAAAGCUUAACUUGGCCGUCCGCAACAACAGCGUUGCACUCACCCCCUUUUUCGGUCCAGCUUUCGGGAAACGAAGCAAAAAUGUCUGUUCCGCUGGACGAUUGAAUCUGGACCGGCUCCUUGCUUGAUACAGUAGCAGGUGAUUUCGCCGUGGCCGAUUCCGAAUAUUCCCUUGCGGGUCCCAAAGUAUGCACAUGUAGUUCACCGCCCGCAGUCCGAGUGAUGCGACUAGGCUGAUCAAGUCUUGUUACGGAAGGCUGCGACCUCGGAGUGUGCAUACCGGAACCUGCGCUCUCCUCUUCCCCGCUGCUGAUGUCCUCGUCAAAUUUCAUCCGAUCCCAUUUGGAAUAGUCAAUGUUAGGCAUUUUC